AUUUAGCCUGUAAGGGGCCUUGGAGCCCUCCUAGAAACUAAUAAUAUCCCCAUUGUACUCAUUUGUCUGAAGAUAGGCAGUCUAAAUCACCUUGUAGGUAGGGAGGCUAGAAUCUUCUCUAAAUUACUUAAGUUGGUUUGGGUUGAUAAAAUGUAUUUUGCCUGAGGCUUUAUAGUUUUAUUUCCUUAAGGAGCUGAAUUAGCCUGUUCCACAAGUAUAGGAUUGUGGACCACUUAUUGAGCCUUUAAUUCAAUAUAUGUCUAUUAUAUUAGACAAAGUGUCCUUUGUUCUACGAUGCAGGUUUUCAUAAUUUUCCUGUACCCGUUAAUGGCAUCCUCUGGUUAAACAAACAUUAAUCAAUUUUUGUGAAGCUGCUCUAGCAGGCCAAAGAAAUGUGCACUUCUGGAGCUUUCAUUUUUUUAGCCCUUGAGACUAUGCUAAGGUCUUAGAGAUUCUCAAAUUAGGCAUUGGCCUUAAAGGUAAAGAAUUCAGAGUUAGUGGGCUGACCACACAGACGGACCUCAGGUAAAGAGACCAGACAAAAAAGUUGAUGACUUUAGUUAAGUAGAGCAUACCUGAAAGGGAAGAAUUAAAAUUAAGGGCCAAUCAAGUCUUCUUUUCAAUUAACACCAAUCCAUUUGUGCAUUUUAGUUACUGCUGUGUAGCAAUUUUAAAUGUCUUCUUGAACCAGAAUCUGAUAUUUUGAAGAUAUGAUGGGGAGGUGUGGGGGAGCCUUGACAGAAGUGAGGUAGAACAGGAUAGAUUAUCUCUGCAGUAUUGGAAUAUUAUACAGUUUGGGGGGCCCUAUAUCCUUUCAAAUGGGUCAUCAGUCAACUGGUAACUCUUAUCAUUUGGCCAGAGUCCGUUAUCAGUGUAUACCUUUUCAUGAAGAACACUGCAAAGACCUAACGCUAGAACUUAGCUUGGUGGGAAGCAAACCACAGUUGUUCUCAAAUACUUCAAAGGAAUCAUUCUGAGGGGAAAGAGCUCAUUGUUUUCCAGAGAGUAAUCAUUUAUAGCAGGAAAGACAAAAAAAAAAAUGAGGGCUGUGUGAAAAUGACUGCCCUUCCUUAUAUUAGAUUUGCUCUAACAGAGGUGAGGCCAGCAGGAUUUUGGCGUUGGGAUUAAUGUACUGUAUCAAGAGGCAGGAUAGCAGAGCUCCCAUGUGCUGCAGUCUUAGCAUUAACAUCUCUGCCCCUUGUCAAGUUAGAAGAGAAUCUUUGCAGACUUCUUUCAGGCUGUGAUAAAUACCUGUGAGCCCAAAGCCUCCCAUCCCUACAGUGACUAUAAAAGAAGAUUGAAACGGUCUCUGGCCUAGAAUAAGAUCUCCUUAAACCUGGAGUUUAAGCCCUAAUUUUCUAUAUAAUAGUGAUAACCACGGUUUAUAUAUGCGAGUUCUUUGGAUUGUCACAGGAUCUCUGUAAAGGUGGAACUUCACCCACUUUUUGAUGAGGGCGAUGUGUAGUGUAUGACUGAAGAGGAAGGGCAUUGGCAGUGCUCACACCUGGUUUCGAAUUCUGGCUCUCCCACGUGGUAGCUUUUAAAUUCUUCCAAGUUCAUUUUCUACAUUCGCUUCACAGAUUCCAGUUUUCUCACACUCUUGAAGAAGAUGCCAGAUGUCGAACAGCUCUAUGGCCUUCACCCUAGAUACCUUGAGAGGCGAAGGGUACGGGGGCAUGAGGCUUUUAGCAUUCCAGGAGUUCUGGAAGCUUUGCAGGCAUGCCCAAACUUAGUGGGUGUGGAAACUUCUCAUUUGGAAUUGGUAGAAUCUAUAUGGACCUAUAUGCCUCAUGUUCAUAUUUUGGGGAAAUUUCGUAAUCGUAAUGGAGCAUUUCCAAUUCCUCCUGAAAAUAAACUGAAAAUUCCCAUAGGAGCCAAAAUUCAAACUUUACAUCUAGUUGGGGUGAAUGUUCCUGAAAUUCCUUGUAUCCCGAUGCUAAGGCACCUUUAUAUGAAGUGGGUAAGACUCACCAAACCACAGCCGUUCAAAGACUUUCUUUGCAUCAGUUUACGAACUUUCGUCAUGAGGAACUGCGCAGGUAACGGACCCACAAACUCUUUGAAGUAUGUCCCCUUAGUAACAGGCUUAGCCUCUGCCCGGAACUUGGAACAUUUGGAAAUGGUUCGAGUUCCUUUCCUUGGAGGUCUUAUCCAGCAUGUAGUUGAAGACAGUUGGAGAUCAGGUGGUUUUAGAAAUUUGCACACUAUUGUUUUGGGAGCUUGCAAAAACGCUCUUGAAGUAGAUCUUGGUUACCUCAUCAUCACUGCUGCUCGUAGGUUACAUGAAGUUCGGAUCCAGCCUUCCCUCACCAAAGAUGGCGUCUUUUCUGCCCUAAAGAUGGCAGAGUUGGAGUUCCCCCAGUUUGAAACACUUCAUCUGGGAUAUGUAGAUGAGUUUUUGCUGCAGAGUAGAAUGGCGAAUGCCGAUCUGGUAAAGUAUGGUUUGGCUGAUGUGGUAGAAAAUCCUGGUAUCAUCACCGAUAUAGGGAUGAAGGCGGUCAAUGAAGUUUUUUCCUGUAUCAAAUACCUGGCCAUUUAUAACUGCCCCCAUCUACAUAAUCCGUACAAUUGGAUCUCAGACCACUCAAGAUGGACUCGAUUGGUUGAUAUCAACUUAGUGCGAUGCCAUGCUUUGAAGCUGGACUCUUUUGGCCAAUUUAUUGAAUUGUUGCCCAGUCUGGAGUUUAUUUCGCUAGACCAGAUGUUUCGUGAACCGCCCAAAGGCUGUGCUCGAGUUGGUCUGAGUGCAGGCACAGGAAUUGGGGUUUCCUCAGCCCUCGUUAGCAACCAGAACUCCAACAAUGACAAUGACAAUAAUGCCCAGAACAAUGCCAACAUCCACGAUAACAAUCACCAUCACCCGGAUGACUCUGAUGAGGAGAACGACUUCCGGCCAGACCUGCAGCCAGGAGAGCAGCAGUUUGCAGCCGACGCGUUGAAUGAGAUGGAAGACACGGUGCCGGAAGACGGAGAGGUGGUGGCUGCGAGCGGACCGGAGACGGCAGCGCGCAGUCAGGCGGUCAUCCCCGUGGCCGUCGACGAGGAACAAGCAGGACCCAGUGGUCUUCAGCGUGUAGUAAAACCAACCCCGAUUACUGUUCAUGAUUCAGAGAGUGAUGAUGAGGAAGACAGUCUAGAACUCCAAGAAGUCUGGAUUCCUAAGAAUGGUGCUCGGCGUUACUCUGAGCGCGAAGAAAAAUCUGGAGAGUCCGUGCAGUCCCGGGAAUUGUCAGUAAGUGGAAAAGGCAAGACUCCACUUCGAAAGAGGUACAGCUCCCAUCAGAUGGGCCAAUCGAAGCAGUGUCCCCUCGAGGAAAGCAGCUGUGAGAAAGGCUGUCAGGUCACCAGUGAGCAGAUCAAAGCCGAUAUGAAAGCAGCUAGGGAUAUUCCUGAAAAGAAAAAAAACAAGGAUGUGUAUCCCAGCUGCAGCAGCGCCACCGCCAGCACAGCGGGAGCCUCCAGCUCACACAGCACUGCUUCUCAAAGCCCCGACUUUGUAAGGACGGUGAACAGCGGCGGCUCUUCCGAGCCUAGCCCUUCAGAAGUGGAUGUGUCCAGGCAGUGUGUCUGCUCCCCCGGUGGGUCAGAGGACUCUGAGGCCAUGGAGGAGGGAGAUGCAGAGAGUUCUGUCUGCCCCAGAUGCUGCUGUCACAGGCCCCAGGAACCCCAAAGGAGAACUAGCAGGUGUUCUGAUGAGGAACGUCCUUCAACCAGCCGAGCCUGUGUUGUGAAUGGCCCGGAUGGUACGAGAUCCGCCUUUUCCUUUAGGACUCUGCCACAAGGGGGGUCCUCAGGCCCAGCACAUGAUGAGAGGACUAAUGGGAGUGGCUCUGGGGCUACAGGUGAGGACAGGAGGGGGAGCUCCCAGCCUGAGAGCUGUGACGUGCAGUCUCAUGAAGACUACCCUCGGAGGCCCCUAACAAGGGCGAGGAGCAGACUCUCCCAUGUUCCGCUGGUAUCUGAGUCAGAGGUUGCCAGAACAAAGCCACGUCACGCCAUGAAGCGGAAGCGAACAGCAGAUAAGUCCACCAGUACCAGCGACCCUGUGAUUGAGGAUGACCAUGUGCAGGUCCUCAUAUUAAAAUCCAAAAAUCUUGUUGGAGUCACUAUGACCAACUGUGGAAUCACAGAUCUAGUGCUGAAAGACUGUCCCAAGAUGAUGUUCAUCCAUGCUACUAGGUGCAGGGUACUGAAACAUUUAAAAGUAGAAAAUGCACCAAUUGUAAAUCGAUUUGACUACGCACAGUGCAAGAAACUGAACAUGGAUCAAGUCCUAGACCAGAUCCUACGGAUGCCUCCCGAGAGAAACCGCAUCAUAUACCUCCGCCCAAUGCAGCAGGUGGACACACUAACCUUGGAGCAGAAGCUCUUCAGCGGCCCCUACCCCUAUCACAUCUGUAUUAUCCACGAGUUCAGCAACCCUCCCAACGUCCGAAACAAGGUGCGCAUCCGCAGCUGGAUGGACACCAUAGCAAACAUCAACCAAGAGCUCAUUAAGUAUGAAUUCUUCCCUGAAGCCACACGAAGUGAGGAUGAUUUAAAGAAAUACCCCAAGUACCCGUGGGGCAGGGAAAUCUAUACUUUAGAAGGGGUGGUGGAUGGAGCGCCGUAUUCCAUGAUCUCCGACUUCCCUUGGUUGAGAUCAUUGCGGGCAGCAGAACCCAACAGCUUCGCCAGAUACGAUUUUGAAGACGAUGAAGAAAGCACCAUCUAUGCCCCUCGGAGGAAAGGGCAGCUGUCCGCAGACAUCUGUAUGGAGACAAUAGGAGAGGAAAUCUCCGAGAUGCGUCAGAUGAAGAAGGGUGUGUUCCAGCGAGUGGUGGCGAUCUUCAUCCACUACUGUGACGUCAACGGGGAGCCGGUCGAAGACGACUACAUCUGAGCGGCCCUUCCUGCUCUCCAGGUGUGCUGACAGGGAGCCGCUGGGCUUGCCCGGCCUCGGGACGCGGGGCGUGCUGUGUGGACGCCCCGGCACAGUUCGGUGUAUAGGAAAUGUACAAGGAACAUUGAAGUUGUAUACAGAUUUGUACAUAAAGGAAAUAUACAGAGACCGUUCCUGAGUACCAACUUUAUAUCAUAUGUUUAUACAGUUUAAUUUAAGAAUUCGUUUUAAUGAAGGCAGAUAAUUGGAAAGAGCCCAUGUUGUUCAUUUUUGUUCAUUUUUUUCUGACUUAGUUCAUAAAGUGUCACUUUUUGGCCAAGCCCUCAUUUACUGUAUUCUUAAUAAUCAUUGUCCUCCCCUUAAAUCUGUGCCUUUUUCUCCUCGAGCAAAGCUGUUUGAGUAAAUCUGUUGAAGAGUC